AUGGCGUACGCUAAGCAGACUGAUGUGGCGAGAGUGGCAGAGGAGUCUGAGGUGAAGAGGCUCCUCGCACUUGAUACGGUGCCAUGGUACAAGCGAUCCAACCUUCGAAGGCUUUACUUAUUCUUGAUCCCGUCUGUGCUGGGCUGCGAGAUGACAUCUGGAUAUGAUGGAUCUAUCAUGAAUGGGCUCCAAGCGGUUCAGCCGUGGCUAGAUUACUUCGAAAACCCGAACGGAGCAUUGCUUGGUGUCAUCUCGGCGGCCUUUAGUAUUGGCGCAGUCAUUGCUCUGCCUAUUGUACCGUGGACGAACGACCGCGUCGGAAGGAAGCACAGUAUCACCAUAGGAAGUGCCAUCAUUCUGGUGGGCGUAGUUCUCCAGACUGCAGCGAUCAACGUCGCCAUGUUCAUCGUCGCUCGACUCCUGCUGGGCAUGGGUAUACCAUUCUGCAUCUCAGGCGCCUCUCAACUAAUUGCCGAGUUGACCCACCCACGCCACUCCGCCCCGAUCAACGGUCUCUUCAACGAGAGCUGGUACGCUGGAGCUAUCAUCGCGGCUGGCGUGACGCUGGGGACGUUCAAUAUGCCGAACAACUGGGCCUGGCGGAUCCCAUCUCUGCUUCAGAUUGCACCAUCCCUUCUGCAGCUCACAUUCAUCUGGUUCAUUCCUGAGUCACCGAGAUGGCUCGUCUCCCGUGACAGACACGAAGAAGCUUUCGAGAUCUUGGUGAAGUACCAUGCUGAGGGCGACCGGGACAGCGCUCUAGUGCGAGCAGAAUUUGCCGAGAUCCAGGAGACUGUCAAGUUUGAGAUUGAGAACUCUAAGCGUCGCUGGGUCGAGCUGGUCAUGACGCCCGGUAACAGGAAGAGGACGCUCAUUGCGGUCUGCGUUGGCACGUUCUCGCAGUGGUCUGGUAACGGCCUUGUCUCCUACUUUCUCGCCAAAGUCCUCGCCACAGUCGGCAUCACCGAUCAAGGAACCCAGAACAAGAUCAACUUGAGCCUGACCUGCUGGAACCUGAUCACGGGUGUCAGCUUUGCCCUCCUGACGAAGGUCCUCAAACGACGGACACAGUACCUGACAGCAUUUAUCGGAAUGACCAUUGUAUUCGCAUGCUGGACGGGUGCAAGCGCCAACUACGCUCAGACUGGCAAUCAGCAGGCCGCUGGGGCUGUGGUGGGAAUGAUCUUUGUGUAUUACAUGUUCUAUACCAUCAUGCACCCACUCACCUACUUCUUCAUCACUGAGGUCUUCCCGUUUGUGCACAGAGCGAAAGGCGUCGGCAUCACCCAGGUCUUCUCCCGCGGAGCGGGAGCUUUCAACCAAUUCGUCAACCCCAUCGCCAUCGAAGCCAUCGACUGGCACUACUACAUCGUCUAUGUGGUGUGGCUGGCCAUUGAGAGCACCAUCAUCUACUUCUUGUACCCUGAGACUAAAGGCCCUGCGCUUGAGGAGCUCAGCAGGCUGUUUGAAGAUAGCGACCCGAUGGUGAAAGGCCAGCUGGAUCUGCUAGGGAGGUCGGAAGAAAAGGGCGAGGUUGCGCAGAUCGAGGCUGGGCCUGGAAAGUAG